AUGUUAGACGGACAACAGUGUCUAAUACACUUUCCCCCAGCUAUCGAGACACAGACGUAUAUGUUAGACGGACAACAGUGUAUAAUACACUUUCCCCCAGUUAUCGAGACACAGACGUAUAUGUUAGACGGACAACAGCGUAUAAUACACUUUCCCCCAGCUAUCGAGACACAGACGUAUAUGUUAGACGGACAACAGUGUAUAAUACACUUUCCCCCAGCUAUCGAGACACAGACGUAUAUGUUAGACGGACAACAGUGUAUAAUACACUUUCCCCCAGCUAUCGAGACACAGACGUAUAUGUUAGACGGACAACAGUGUAUAAUACACUUUCCCCCAGCUAUCGAGACACAGACGUAUAUGUUAGACGGACAACAGCGUAUAAUACACUUUCCCCCAGCUAUCGAGACACAGACGUAUAUGUUAGACGGACAACAGUGUAUAAUACACUUCCCCCCAGCUAUCGAGACACAGACGUAUAUGUUAGACGGACAACAGUGUCUAAUACACUUUCCCCCAGUUAUCGAGACACAGACGUAUAUGUUAGACGGACAACAGUGUCUAAUACACUUUCCCCCAGUUAUCGAGACACAGACGUAUAUGUUAGACGGACAACAGUGUAUAAUACACUUCCCCCCAGUUAUCGAGACACAGACGUAUAUGUUAGACGGACAACAGUCUAUAAUACACUUCCCCCCAGCUAUCGAGACACAGACGUAUAUGUUAGACGGACAACAGUGUAUAAUACACUUCCCCCCAGUUAUCGAGACACAGACGUAUAUGUUAGACGGACAACAGUCUAUAAUACACUUUCCCCCAGUUAUCGAGACACAGACGUAUAUGUUAGACGGACAACAGUGUAUAAUACACUUCCCCCCAGUUAUCGAGACACAGACGUAUAUGUUAGACGGACAACAGUGUAUAAUACACUUCCCCCCAGCUAUCGAGACACAGACGUAUAUGUUAGACGGACAACAAUGUCUAAUACACCUCCCCCAGCUAUUGAGACACAGACGUAUAUGUUAG